AUGAUCUUCCUCUGGCUACCCGAAACCAAACAGCGAACACUUGAAGAGCUCGACUACAUUUUCGGAGUCCCUACGCGCACCCACAUGAACUACCAGGCUGGCAAGAACCUGCCUUGGUGGUUCAAGACGUACAUACUCCGUCGCAAGGGUCUCUCCAAGCCUCAGCUUUACAAGUUUGGCGACCAGCGUCCACCUGUGAGUGUAACAGCGCAGAUGAGCUAUGCUUGGAACACGUACAUUCUUCGCAAGAAGGGGCUGGCGAAGCCGGAUGCUUAUGUUCGUGCGGCGCCUCGAGGCGAGAAGCAGGUCUAG